UGUAUAUAUAUAGAGGCCCACAACGGAUAGAGAUUAUCGUUGUUGAAAAAUUUUGGAGAAUUUUCCUUUUUAAUUUUUUUUCCUUCUUUGUGCGGUACGAAUUUUGAGGGCGAUGGUUUCUGCGCCGGAAAAUUCCGAUUCUACUCCGGCUCCGGCUCCGGCGCCGGCGUCAGUUCCGACUGAAGUUCCAAUUGACGCUUUGGAGAAUAAGGAAAAAGCUAUGGUUCCAGUGCCUGUCGUUAAUAAAACUAAAGAAGAUCCUGAACCAAAGAAGGCUUCUGGUGGGUCUAUUGAUAGAGAUAUUGCUCUUGCGGAGGUUGAAAAGGAGAAAAGGUUCUCCUUCAUCAAGGCCUGGGAAGAUAGUGAAAAAUCAAAGGCUGAGAACAAGGCACAAAAGAAGCUCUCUUCUGUAUCCGCAUGGGAGAACAGCAAAAAGGCCAACCUGGAAGCCAAGUUGAAAAAAAUUGAGGAAGACUUGGAGAAGAAAAAAGCUGAAUAUGCAGAAAAAAUGAAGAACAAAGUGGCUUUGAUUCACAAAGAAGCAGAAGAAAAAAAGGCAACAGUGGAAGCACAAAGGUCAGAGGAACUGCUAAAGGCAGAGGAAACGGCAGCCAAAUUCCGAGCAACUGGAACCAUUCCAAAGAAAUUUUUGGGGUGUUUUUGAAAGGUUUUAUUUAUGAAUGCUCUGUUACGUAUCUAUUUAUUAUUCAUAUAAGUAACUAGUAAUGUGAAUUUUCUUCUUCUUCUUCUCUUUUUUUUUUUUUUUUUUUUUUUCUUUUUUGGAAAUCUUCAUGAUGCUUGGUCGUGGCCUGUGGGUGGGGUUCUUCUUUGUAGUGUUUUGGCCGAAUUGUCAACUGUUUAUUGUUUUUGUUUUUGUUUUUGUUUUGUUUGUAUAAAAUGUGAGAGAGAGUGUGGUCCUUUGGCAUUUUGUCUUUCUUA